GCCGCCUGAAACAUAAACGAAGAAGAGUGGGAAAGAAAAGGGUAAAACUGAAACGCAUUUGGCUUUGCAUUUGCAGCAACUGAAACUGAUUACGCUCUUUUCUCACACACACUCUCUCUAAUCCCUCUUAAUGCUUUCCCAUUCCUUCCUUAAUUCAGUUUUUUAGGCCUUCAAAAUUGCGCUACCAAGGUCCCAUUUUUCUCUCCCUUUGUAGAAGCGAAGAAACCUUCCUGCACCUAAAAGAAGCACCCCCCUCAUUGCCACUCAAGGAAAAUGAAGUACGUGUUGGUGACAGGUGGUGUUGUUAGUGGACUUGGGAAAGGUGUCACUGCCAGCAGCAUUGGGGUGCUCCUUAAGGCCUGUGGCUUUCGGGUUACUUCUAUCAAGAUUGAUCCCUACCUGAACACUGAUGCAGGGACAAUGUCUCCUUUUGAGCAUGGGGAGGUGUUUGUUUUAGAUGAUGGCGGUGAGGUUGACCUGGAUCUUGGAAACUAUGAACGUUUCUUGGACAUCAAAUUAACUCGUGACAAUAAUAUCACAACUGGAAAAAUAUAUCAGUCUGUCAUUGAAAAGGAGAGAAGAGGAGACUAUCUUGGCAAGACUGUGCAGGUUGUUCCACACAUUACUGAUGCCAUCCAAGAAUGGAUAGAGCGUGUAUCACUGACACCGGUUGAUGGAAAAGAAGGCCCCGCUGAUGUUUGUGUCAUUGAGUUGGGUGGAACUAUAGGAGAUAUUGAGUCUAUGCCUUUUAUUGAAGCACUUGGUCAAUUUUCAUACCGUGUAGGCUGUGGCAACUUCUGUUUAGUUCAUGUCAGCCUGGUGCCUGUUCUCAAUGUUGUUGGUGAGCAGAAAACAAAACCAACUCAGCAUAGUGUCCGUCAACUUAGAGGGUUAGGGUUGACCCCAAAUCUUCUUGCUUGUCGCAGUUCAAAGGAACUUGAUGACAACGUCAAGGAAAAACUUUCUCAAUUUUGUCAUGUGCCGUCAUUAAACAUACUUACACUGUACGAUGUUCCAAAUAUUUGGCACAUUCCUUUGCUAUUAAGAGACCAGAAGGCUCAUGAGGCCAUCCUGAAAACAUUAAACCUGCACAGUGUUGCUACAGAGCCUAAUUUUAAAGAGUGGAUUGCAAGAACAAAAGUUUAUGACAAAUUUAAUGAAUCUGUUAGAAUUGCGAUGGUGGGAAAAUAUACUAACCUUUCAGAUGCAUAUCUUUCUGUGCUGAAGGCACUUUUGCAUGCUUCUGUUGCUUGCUACAGAAAGCUUGUUGUGGACUGGGUUCGUGCUGAGGAUCUUGAAGAUGAUACAUCUAAAGAGGAUCCUGAUGCCUAUAAAGCUGCUUGGGGUCUUUUGAAGGGUGCUAGUGGGAUUCUAGUUCCAGGAGGUUUUGGUGACAGAGGAGUGCAAGGGAAAAUUCUUGCCGCUAAGUAUGCUCGAGAAAACAGUGUUCCAUUUCUGGGCAUUUGCUUGGGGAUGCAAAUUGCUGUCAUUGAGUUUGCAAGAUCUGUUCUAGGUCUUCAUGAUGCUAAUAGCACAGAAUUUGAUCCCAAUACUAAAAAUCCUUGUGUCAUAUUUAUGCCAGAAGGUUCGAAGACUCACAUGGGUGGAACUAUGCGUCUUGGUUCAAGGAGAACUUACUUCCAAGAUUUCAACUGUAAAUCGGCAAAGUUGUAUGGUAGUGCAAGCUACAUUGAUGAGCGACAUCGGCAUAGAUAUGAGGUUAAUCCUGACAUGAUAUCACAACUUGAGAGUGCUGGUCUAUCUUUUGUUGGCAAAGAUGAAACUGAGAAACGCAUGGAGAUAGUUGAAUUGCCUGGCCAUCCUUUCUUCGUUGGUGCUCAAUUUCAUCCCGAGUUCAAGUCAAGACCAGGGAAACCUUCUCCAUUAUUCUUAGGAUUAAUAGCAGCAGCAUGUGAGAGGACACUUGUGCCUGCAAGUAAAGCGUAUGCCAAGUUAACAAAUGGGAUAAUUAAUGCACACCCUUCAAUGUUGAAGGCACAUAAUAAUGGAAAUGGGUUCAAAUCUUCCAAUAGUUCCUUAAACGGUGUAUAUACAAAUGCGAAUGGCCUAUGUGUUGAUGGGAGCUAUUAAUCAUCCAAGGUUUUUUUAGUUAAAAUGUGGUUUGAUUUUCUCCAAGGACAAUUUUGUCCUCGGUUAGCUUGUACAGUUCUUUGAGUGGAUUUAUCUUUUAGCUCAUAAGGGGAUUUCUUCUCCAGCAUGAAGCAAAUUUUGAGUCUUUAACAGCUUUUAUAUUUCCAACCAUAUAGGCUGAACCUUGUUGUGGAUGAUACUUGUUCACAAUGAAUCAAAAUGGUUGUAGCUUUUUAUGAUUAACUUUCAUAGGGUACCUUAAUUUCCAAUCUAAUUUUAUAUUGAGCUAUAGUGUUGGAUAAUCGAGGGAUGUCUUGUGUUUACAUAAGUUACCCUUUGAGCAUUCUACACUGUGGAUGUCAUGAGGGAAAGAAUCGAAGUAAAUAAGUAACAAUCUUAUUGGUUCUGGCUUUUUUUCAGUAAGUUGUAUAUGUUCCAAGCGUAAGAUGGAAGUUCUUAUUUAGAACAUUGUUUAAUUUGUUUGUCUACUUUGGCCACAUUUGGUUUAACGUUAAUGGUAAUUCUGCGUAGAUUGU